AUGAUGCCAUACCAUCAGUUUAUCCCGCCAUCGGACUCAGCUGCAGAGUAUGUGCCCCCGCCGGACAUCUUGGGCACUCUUGAGCGUACACACGAAGGGAACGACGUCGAGAUACCUGGUCCCGUGCUGCAAGCAGCGAGUCUUUCCGACACUCGCAUCCUGCGCGGCUUGCUAAAGUCCGGAUUUCCUGCAACCAAUUAUAUAGUUGGGCCUCUGAAUAGUCCUUGGCAAAGUGCACUCGUCAAUGCAAUCUUUGCCCUGCGUGCUGAGAAUGCAAAGAUAUUGCUGGGUCACGGCGCGAACCCGAAUGGAUUUCCGGACUGGUGUUUUCUACAGGCGAGCUCAAGAUUCAUUCGAGGACGCCCCAGCGACUUGACUGUGACAGGAGGCUGCCAUCUCCCACUAAGAGCAGAAGUGCUCGACCAUGUCAAGCGAUCCGACGACACCUCUGCCUUGGCCAGCGAUCAGACAGCCGAUCUAACAGAAGCCGAAUUAAAGCUGCGAAGAAUAGGCAGAUCUCGAUUUUGGUCCGAGGUCGAUUUCCCUCUCACGGAUUAUCCAACAAACAACCCGUCGUCGAGUCUCUCUGCAGCUACAGCCGUACGAGAUAACUUGCUCUACUUGCAUCUCAUCGAGCAUGGCGCCGAUGAAUCUGCGUGGAAGAAUAAUGGCACUUUGGGAAAUCAAGUUGCCGGGGUUCCUUCAUCGUGGGCAGUCGAGUCACCAUUAUGGAUUGUCGUCAGGAACAAGGAUCACGAAUUUUUACAAUUUCUACUAAAACGUGGUCACAAACCCGACCACUUUCCCAGCAGCCUCAUUACCCGGCCCAUGAACGCCAUCUCGUAUGCCAUUGCGACGAAUUGGAGAGAUGGGUUUGAUACUAUGGCUCCCCUGGCAGAUAUGUCGCUCGCAACGCCGGUAUAUCAAUGCCAUCUUGUUCAUUUUGCGAUAGCGACACUUGAUCUGGGUAUGGUCAAGCAUAUGCUGAGUAAAUAUGAAGGAUCAGAGGCCAUUGUACUACGGAGCAUUCCAAAAACAGCUCUUGGACACGGCCUUUUGCAUCUUGCGAGUCUCCCACUUGACGAUACCUUUUUAAACAUGCAUUCUCUACAAUGCUACACGUCUAUUCAUGAUUUCAGGACGCUAGAGACAGCCUGGCGUCCAUUGCAACUACAAAGCACAGCCCCUGUUUCGUCUGGCAGACGAGCGAGAGGCGGUAGAGGAAGAUCCUCCAACCGUCCUCCCCAAUUUAGUUUGGCGCCUCCUCAUGAUUUCGAGGAGCAGGAGGAGGUCAUACGCUACCUUUUUAGCAUGCUUCCCAGUGAGGAGUUGCAAAGUCAGGAUAUCUACGGGAAUACACCGCUACACUAUCUAGCAUCUGUACGACAUACGAACGGCCGUCUGAUUGACUGGCUGAAAGACCUCCCCGCUGGCGAAGCAGCUUGGACAACGUCAAACUCCUGGGGGUUUUCUGCUCAAAAUCUACUAGAAAGUGGCAAGGCCUCAGAAUCAGACUGGAGUAGAAUACAUAUGCCAUUCUGGAAACGUGGGUAA